AUGUCUGAUGACAUUGUUGUCUACUUCGACGCGGCGCAGAUUAAUAAUCUCAGGCAUGCUCUUGUAGUGCUCUUGCUGCUGUUGGUUCUGGCGCACCACCGUCGUUCGAGGAGAGAACGCGGGCCGCUCUUCAUCCGCUCGAUGAUCCAUCCGAGAGCAAAACCGAUCGACCUGGUCGAAGCGAAGGAUCUUCUCAACGCUCUCGGUUUCUGCGUGCCUGCCCGAUACUACAGUCAUCUGGGUCGGGACAAAUUCAAGACUCCCAAGAACUCCGAGCUGCAGCAGCCUCCGGGAUGCUCUCGACAUCGUCGGAAACCCGACCCUUUCGUUGCCAGAGUUAAGGAAGUCGAAGACCCAGAUGCGGCGCUGUCUCUUUUCUAUGAGUAUCGCCGGAUGGGCUUCAGGCAUGACUACCCUUCGUAUUCUGCUCUCGUUUACAAGCUCGCCCGGUCUCGUAGCUUCGAAGCCGUAGAGGAGAUUCUGAGUCGCAUUGAAGAGAACGACGUUCGUUGCAGGGAGGGCCUCUUUAUAGCUUUGAUUCGGCACUACGGGAAAGUCCAUUUGGUGGACAAGGCUGUUGGGCUGUUCCAGAGGAUGACUUCUUUUAACUGUACCCGCACGUUGCAGUCCUUCAAUACGAUUCUUAACGUUCUUGUGGAGAACGACAAGUUAUCGGACGCGGUUGAGUUGCUCCAACGGUCAUACAAAAUGGGUUUCCGCCCAAAUUCGGUUUCUUUCAAUGUAAUCAUGAAGGGAUGGCUUGAAAAAGGAGAGUGGGAGACUGCGUGCCAGGUAUUCGAUGAAAUGCUAGAGAAGAGGGUUCAGCCCACGGUUGUAACAUAUAACAGUCUGAUAGGAUUCUUGUGCAGAAAGGGUGAUGUUGAAAGAGCAAUGGGCCUUCUUGAAGACAUGACUCACAAAGGGAAAUACCCUAACGCCUUAACAUAUGCUUUGCUGAUGGAAGGUUUGUGUUUUUUAGGUAAGUAUGAGGAAGCUAAGAAACUUAUGUUUGAUAUGGAGUACAGAGGAUGUAAACCGGCGCCCGUAAAUUUUGGUGUUUUGAUGAGUGAUCUAGGAAAGAGAGGUGAGAUUGACAAGGCAAAGGAAUUGCUUAAAGAGAUGAAGAGAAGAAAGUGUAAGCCAGAUGUAGUGUCCUACAAUAUAUUGGUCAAUUACUUAUGCAAGGAAGGUAGACCUGCUGAGGCAUAUAAACUUUUGGUUGAGAUGCAAAUCGAAGGCCGCGAGCCCAAUGCAGCUACGUAUCGCAUGAUGCUUGAUGGUUUUUGUAAGGUUGAGGACUUUGAAGGAGGCUUGAAGGUUCUUAAUGCAAUGUUGACAAGUAAGCAUUGUCCUAUGGCUGAUACAUAUUGUCGUUUGGUUGAAGGAUUGUUGAGGGAUGGAAAUAUAGAUCAUGCAUGCCUUGUAGUUGAGGAGAUGGAGAUGAGAAAGAUCAGAGUUAAGCUGCAGUCUUGGGAAGUUCUAGCUACACAUGCUUGUGGAGCAGAUGGAGGUGCAGGGAAGCUUCUCACUGAAUUGUCUUUAUAGGAAUUCUACUGCUUUCUCUGGUCACUUGAGUGAAGAUUGGGUACCGGUUGCUGUCUUUCCCAGAAUUAUGCAGCCAUGGGCAAGAUUCCAAGCUUCCCAUCUUAUUGCACAGGUGACCUCGAGACAUAUUGUUGACCAAGAGGCGAGCCACAUAUUUUGACUGUAAACGGCUGUCAUGUUUAAACUUCAUCAGUCAUGGUCAUGGCUGAUUGGAAUAAGAAAUAAGGAAAGAGGCGAGACUGACAAGGUAAAGGCAUUGCGUAAGAGAUGAAGAGAAGGAAGUGGAAGCCAGAUGAUGUGUCCUACCAUAUGUUCAAUUACUUAUGCAGGAAAGGUAGACCUGACGAGGCAUAUAAACUUUUGGUUGAGAUGCAAAUUGUGGGCCCUCGGCCCAACGCAGCUACGCAUCACAUAACAUGCUUGAUGGUUUUUGUAAGGUUGAGGAUUUUGAAGGAGGCUUGAAGGUGCUUAAUGCAUUGUUGACAAGUAAGCAUUCUCCUAUGGCAGAUCUUGCCGUUUGGUUGAAGGAUUGUUGAGGGAUAGAAAUAUAGAUCAUGCAUGCUUUAUUGUUGAGGAGAUGGAGAAGAGAGAGAUCAGAAGUUAAAGCUGCAGUCUUGGGAAGUUCUAGCUAGGCAUGCUUGUGGAGCAGAUGGAGGUUCAGGGAAGCUUCUCACUGAAUUGUCUUUAUAGAAAUUCUAUUUCUCACUCUGGUCACUUGAGUGAAGAUUGGGUAUUGGUUGCUGUCUUUACCAAAAUUAUACAGCCAUAGGCAAGAUUCCAAGCUUCCCAUCUUAAUGCAAAGGUGACUUGAGACGUUUUUGACCAAGGGGCGAACCACAUAUUUUGACUGUAAACGGCUGUCCAAGGUGGAAUUCUCUUUACGUUUAAACUCCAUCAGUUACGCCCAUCGCUGAUUCGCAUAAGAAAUAUGGUAUUGCUUAUGUGUACUAUCUUUUUAUCCUCUGAAACUUAUGCAAAUGGGGUUCAUUAUGCUCAAACAUAUAUUUUCUUUCAUAUUCAUGAUAGUGACAUUGCACGGUGACAAUCUGACCA